AAGCCUUAAUUUUUUUAUUUUUUAUUUUGGUGAAAUUAAAGCCAUAAUUUAAAGAUCGGAAAUUAGGGGUGCAAAAGAAAUCAGCAACGAUAUCUCACUUUUCUAAAGGCAUAAAAUUUGGAAAUUUUACCUAAAAAUAAGCCUUCAAACGUUUGACCACCUAUCUGCAAAGUUUAGAGAGACCGGACAGCGAAGCAGCAGCUGUUGCAACCAGGUUUCACCCCAUGUCUUUCAUUGUUGUGUCUCGGCUACAUACUUAGAUUUACUUGCUUCUGUCUUGUUUUAUGCCUUCCUCCCAAAAUCUGAAACCAAGAGCAAGAACUACUAGGAGAUGACAGGGAAAAAGGAAAAAUCCAAGGAGAGAAGGGAAAAGAGACUGCAAGAGAUUGCCCUUCUCGGGACCAUUCCUUAUUCUGAUCAUCAGAGGUGGUGGUCAGAAGAAACUAUUGCUGUAGUAACUGGUGCUAAUAGAGGAAUUGGGUUUGAGAUUGCGAGACAACUUGCUGGGCAUGGAUUGACAGUAAUACUAACAUCAAGGGACACUAGUGUUGGCAUUGAAGCAGCCAAGGUCUUACAAGAAGGGGGUUUCAAUGUGGAUGUCCACCAGCUCGAUGUCUUGGAUGGUGAAUCAAUUUCAGCGUUUGUUGAAUGGAUAAAAGAAAAAUAUGGUGGCAUUGAUAUUCUGGUAAAUAACGCAGGUGUUAACUACAAUCUUGGGUCUGAUAAUUCUGUGGAAUUCGCACGGCAAGUCAUUGAUACCAAUUAUUAUGGCACCAAAAAUAUGAUUAAAGCAAUGAUACCAUUAAUGAGACCUUCUGCUGCUGGUGCUCGUAUUGUUAAUGUUAGCUCACGGCUUGGAAAACUAAAUGGCCGGCGCAAUAGAAUUCAAGAUGCAGCUUUGAGAGAAGAACUAAUGGAUUUGGAAACUCUCUCUGAGGAACUGAUUGAUAGGACAUUGUCUACUUUCCGACAACAAGUUGACGACGACACUUGGCAAUCAGGUGGAUGGCCUCAGACAUUCACCGACUACUCAUUAUCUAAACUUGCUGUUAAUGCUUACACUAGGCUAGUGGCAAAAGAACUCUCUGAUCGACAAGAAGGUGAAAAGAUAUAUAUCAACUGUUACUGCCCAGGAUGGGUGAAGACUGCUAUGACAGGUUGGGCUGGCAAUAUUUCAACUGAGCAUGGGGCUGAUACUGGCGUCUGGCUUGCCCUUCUUCCAGACGAGGCAGUAACAGGGAAAUUUUUUGCAGAGAGACGGGAAAUAAACUUCUGAGGCAACAAAGCUUACUAUUGCAAGGAUUAGUAAUCUAUUAGAAGCUUUCAUGUAUUAAAACUGCUGAAAGUAACUUGUUUGAGAAGGUUUGCCUGCCCUGCAUUAUGCAAAAAUGAAUUGCCUCGCGGUAACUACUGAAGGCUGAGAGCUAGCACCUGUUAUUUGGUGCUAUCUUUUCAACCUUCAAAGUAUUAUAGUCACACAUUUAACAGAGUAAACAGUACUUCAAACUCCAUGAUAAUUUCUUGUAAGUGAAAAAUAUGUUUAUUGCUCAAUCUAGCUAUAGUUUGUUUAAAGCUCAUCAUUUUUUUUUUUUGGGUUCUUUUGUAUUUCAUCUUUCAGAAUGAAGACUUCUUUGAUGUUGAUGUUGGGACUAUCCUAGUUAGCUCCUUAUUCUUUUAAAGCUUGUUUACUAUUUCCUUCUAUAUAAUGUAAGAAUAACAAUAAACAUAAAUCUUCUUUUUGACUUAAGCAAAUUUUAGUUGAAAAAACUCUCAACUCAAAAAGCAAAUUGAUUCUGUAAUCCAAUCAAAAGCGAAGUUAACAUUUUACCUUGAAGUGGCAAAUGGUUUUUUGUUUUUUCAGAAAUAAGAUAUGUCAUUAAUUC